GCAGCGCGCGGGGCCGCGGCCGCCCCCUCCUCCUGCCCGCGUUCCCUCGGCGGCGGCAGCGCUGAGGUGGCGCCGCGCCCCGGUGAGGUGAGCGAGACGCUUCAGUCGGCGCUGCCCCAUCCCCCGCCAGCCCGGGCGGCAGGGAGUGGCUGUCCCGCUGCGGCCUUUACGGACGGGAAGCACGUCUCAAGAUGGCAGAAUUAUUUAUGGAAUGUGAAGAAGAGGAGCUAGAACCCUGGCAAAAGAGAGUGAGAGAAGUGGAAGAGGAUGAUGAAGACGAUGAUGAUGAGCCAAUCUUUGUUGGGGAGAUCUCCAGCUCAAAGCCAGCCACUACGUAUAUAUUGAACAGAGUCAACCUCAGCUCACCACGAAGGGGGAUACAGAAUGGUGCACCCAGUAGAGGUCCAGUCACUACAUUCAAGUCUGAGAGUCAGCAUUACAUGCCGCCUGCCUCCAGCCCCGGAGCCGUGCCUGCCCCAUCAGUCUUCCAGACUGUGCCCAGACCUGCCACCAGCUCGGUGGCACUUCAGCCUUUGGCUGGAGCAGUGAAUGUUUCAGGAACUUCACAAACACUGCAGAGACCAGUUGCUGGAUGUUUGUCAACACAGCAGGUGCCUGGGUCAAGUUCUGGACUAGCACAGCCUGUUAGCAGACCUGUAACCAUUCCAGUGACAACACAGCCGGCAUCAAGAAAUAUUACAGUUCCUGUAGUGGCUCAGCCUGUAUCCAAGCCAGAGACUCCUGCAACAGCACAGCCUGUAAUACUCAACCAGGAUUAUAUUAUGGAUUCUCUACCAGAUGCACCAGAUAAUACAUCUGGUAUUCUGUUUGGUGUGAGACAGAACUCGGGAGUUCCACAGUACCAGACUGGGCCGGCAGUGAAUGUAACAGGGACAAAUGCUGCAUCCAGCACCAUUAAAAAUGGAGGACCUUUUCCACGAGCUUGUCCAAAAUGUAAUAUACAUUUCAAUCUUAUGGAUCCUCUAAAAAAUCACAUGAAGUAUUGCUGCCCAGAUAUGGUAAAUAACUUUUUCUCGGAAGUGGUCAAAACAGAAUGUGUGAGCACAAGCAAGACCAUGGAAUGUGAGAAAGGAAAGCUGAUUAUGUUAGUUAACGACUUUUAUUAUGGGAAGGAUGAAGGUGACCUCCAGCAGGUACAACAGGAGCAGAAGACUCAUACAACAUUUAAAUGCGUCAGUUGUUGCAAAGUUCUUAAAAAUAACAUAAGGUUUAUGAACCACAUGAAACAUCACUUGGAACUUGAGAAGCAAAGCAAUGAAAGCUGGGAAAGCCACACCACGUGCCAGCACUGUUACCGACAGUUCCCCACGCCGUUCCAGCUGCAGUGCCACAUCGAGAGUACACACACGCCUUACGAGUCAUCCACGAUUUGUAAAAUCUGUGAAUUAUCAUUUGACACAGAGCAAGUUCUUUUGCAACAUAUGAAGGACAAUCAUAAGCCAGGUGAAAUGCCGUAUGUUUGCCAGGUGUGCAGCUACAGAUCCUCAGCUUUUUCAGAUGUAGAAACACAUUUUAGAACAGUUCAUGAAAACACAAAACAUUUGCUAUGCCCCUUUUGCCUCAAAGUUAUUAAAAUUGGAGCACCGUACAUGCAUCAUUACAUGAGGCAUCAGAAAAAGGGAAUAUACCGUUGCACUAAAUGCAGACUGCAAUUUUUAACAUGCAAAGAAAAAAUGGAUCACAAGACUCAGCAUCACCGAACAUUUAGGAAACCCAAGCAAUUAGAAGGCUUGCCUCCUGGAACAAAGGUGACUAUUCGAGCAUCUUUGGGGUCUCAUCAGUCAGGAUCAUCAGCUACAUCCUCUGUUAGUACUAGCAGUUCCACAUUUCAGUUAUCACCUAAAGCUAGAAAUACAACCACUAAAAAUCAUAACAAAUCUAAUACAAGUAAAUCAAGAGGAAAAUCAAAACAAUCUACAUCGAGGAAACAAAAUGCGUGGACGAACAGCAGAAGAAAAAAAGAACCUACAAAUAUAGCAUUUCAUAAUCUAAGGUAUCAUGUUGGAACUCACAAAUGCAUUGAGUGUUUCUCAGAAAUAAAAGAUUUUGCAAGUCACUUUCCUGCAUACGUCCACUGUAGUUUAUGCAGAUAUAACACCAGCUGUAGCAAAGCCUAUGUCAAUCACAUGAUGAGCUUUCACAGUGCUCGUCCAAGUAAAAGGUUUUGGAUCUUUAAGAAGCAUUCAGAACAGCUACGAGGUAUGACUGUAGUGUGUCUUAACUGUGAUUUCCUGGCUGAUGUUUCUGGCUUGGAUAACAUGGCCACACAUCUGAGUGAGAACCAGACUCAUACUUGUCAAGUUAUUGUGGAGGAAGUUUCCACAGAUAAUGCAACUGCUGCACAAGUGUCUCACAAACAAGAGCAUGUCUCUUCAGAUGAAACAAAAGAAUGCAGUAGAAAUCAAACUAAAAAAGUUGCAUCCGUUGAAAAGAGGGAAGACUCAUCACUGUCAAAUCCAGAAAAUGUCCGUCGUUUGGAAGUCCCUGGCAACUGCUCAAAGAAUUCUUUGCAUGAGAAAAGAGCAUACUGUGAUUCAGCUAAUAGCAAACAGUUAGUAGAUGAGAAACAAAAAUGUAUUCAUGAUGGAAGUGAGAUGAAAACAGCUGACAUCCUGAAUGAGCAGACGAAAGCGCGUAGCUGGGAUGCAACUGCGCUUUCAGCUAAGAACGUGAGGGACUUAAAGCUGACCCUGGGGGAAGAUGUCAGCUUUGAGCAGUUCCUGAGAAAGAGGGAUGAUCCUGAAUCUGUGAGUUCAGACAUCAGUGAGCAAGGAAGUAUUCAUUUGGAACCUUUAACUCCAUCAGAAGUACUAGAGCACGAAGCUACUGAAAUUCUCCAAAAAGGUAAUGUUGCACCUUCAUCAAAGAAGGCGGGACAGCUCACUGAACAAACAGAUGAGACUUCUAGAGAAAGCAAUCCCAGCAGAAUGGAAACAACUGCAAACAAGACAGAUGAGAAUGAAGCAAGCUGAAAUUGUGUUCAUUUUAUUGUUUGUUUUAAACUAUGGUAAGAACACCAUGGACCAUUCCUGAUGAGUGUGCUCACAGAUGCUAAAGACUGAAAAUUUUAAAAGGGAGGAGAAGAGAAAGGGACACCAAAGGGAAGUCUGCAUAUGGAGGUAGCAUGUAUGUGUAUGUAUGACUGAAUUCAUUAAACUUCAAAAAGAUAACAUGUUAAAAUAUAUCUUCCUGUCUCUUGGAUGUGAUAUAUUAUUAGAUUGAUACUUGAAAAGAGGUAUAAAUUCUAAUUUUUUUAUAGUUAACUAGCCCAGGUUAAGGUGAUUUGUUCGCCCAGAAAGUAUUUUUCUAAAUUCUUUAGUGUGACUAUCAUUGAACAGGGGAUUGAGUAGGAAUUAACUUCUGAUGCUGAUAUGGAGCACACUUAUAAUGGAGGUUACUGGUCUGCUGAUAGUUGAGGUAAAUAUAAACCUUGGAACUUGGUGUCACAUUCCUGUCUGUAAAAGCACGUAAACAGAAGUAUAUGAAUUUGUGCACCUCCGUACAGGUGUAAUCCUGCCAGGCUGUAAACUUACCUUAAUAAACUUUCAGUGAAAGUGAAAUUAUUACAAUAAAAAAAUAUUUGUGGAGUUUUCACUGUGCAGGCUGUGCAGAACUACCAAACAUAGCUGUAUGAAGUAGGACACAAUGCUGAAAGUACUGUAGCUCUUAGGCUUUUACCAUUGGUUUCAUUCCUCUUAGCCGUAGACCCAUAGUGUCGCAGACAUCCUUUUCACUAAAAUCCUUUCUUUAGGAUUUUUUCCUGAGAAGCUGUGGCCUCAGAAACACAUAUAGGUUAUCUGCUACUGUGGAAUGCAACAGGCCCGUCUGGGUUGGCCCAGCUUGGAUGUUUUGAAAUAAUGGCCAGUCCAGAGCUGAGCUUGCUUGGAUGCAGUCCGAGAGAGCGGCGUUUGUCAUUCAUUCUUUACUUUUCUAUUCUUAGCUUAGCAAGCUUCUGAAAAGCUCUCCUGCUUUUUCUUUGUAGUAUAGUUAUAAUGUAGUAUAUAUAUAUCAUAAAAUAAAUCAAGCCUUCUGAUCAUGGAGUCAAGGAUCUCGUCUCUUCCUUCACCCAAAAACCCUUGUGACCACUGUCACACCGUAGGAAUGGUCUGUAAGUCGCACCAAAGUAUGGUUUGAUGUAAAAAUGGUUUUAAGCAAAAAUAAGGAAAACUCCAAACUGGAAACACCACCUGGCAUGCAUUUUGCCAUUUUGCAGCUGCUACUGGCUAACUUAAAAGUAGGACACAAGGGCAUAUAAAGUAGUAUUGUACAGUUCAAUUUCAGGACUUUUUGUAGUCUAAGUUAUGUACAGAAAAAUGGCUGCUGGUUUUAGUUUGGUUUUUUGGUUUUGGGUUUUUUUUUUUGUCUUCUAGUUAGCUAGAUUUAGGAAUGCAUACGGUAACAGUAGCUUGGUCCUUUGAUUUCAUUACUCCGUUUGAAACAUUCAGAAUGUGCUUUUGACUUACAGUUUUGUUUUUAAUGAAUGUUAAAUGUUUUGAACAGCUGUUAAAGUACUGCUGUAAAUUAUUACUUUUUGAGUAAAUAUUUGCAACAAAAAAUUGUCUUUGUGUAUAAUUUUAUGCUCAACAUGAAACUUUGGGCAUAGCCUUCUCCUGUUUUUUAAAAAGAUUAAGUGACAGUUCCCAAAAAGUAAGUAACUUCAUUAUUGUGAAUUUUAGACCUAUGUUUCGCUGGGGAUUUUUGUUGGGUUUUGGUUGGUUUGUUUGUUCAUUUUAUUUUAGAAUUAAAUGAGCAAGUGCCUCUGCAUAAACAUUUUUUGUACCUGUGUAUUGUGAUAUGAUGUGCUAACUUUUCCAGACUAUACAGAUUUUUUUCUGGCCUGUCAGCCUGCAAGUGAAGUUUCCUCUGUCCUCUUAAGUUGACUGAGCUCAGCUGCUAAGUGAGUCUAACAGUAUUAAAAUCUAGAGACCAUCCAGCUUACUAUUGGAACCUCUAAAUAAAACAGAUCUCAACAGCCUCAGAAGUUCCUUCAAGCUCUAAAGAGAUGUAGAAUUUAAAUUUUCGACUGCAUUUUUGUUGUCAUCCAUGCACAUGUACAAGACUUUUAAAGAAGAAAAGUGGAACAGUUUAUGUGCUCACAGCUCUUUGAGAUCUGCCUCUUGGAGAACUUCAAAUACCACAAUACAUGAAAAAACUGAGAAGAAUAAGUUCCAUUAUUCCUUUGUUCUUUAAAAAGUUUAGUGAAACCAUUAAAUAGUGCUUUGGUUAAGCAGUCUGAUGUCUUCAUGCUUUUACACAUGCAAGGUUACUCAAUGUGAUGCUUUAUUUUAUGCAAUUCAAAGCAGAUCAUCAACUACAAAAAUGGAUGUGUAUGUUACCAAGGGAGUUCUGAGUGCAUCUGUGUUGGAACCCAGGGAAAUCUGUAGUGUUUUUAAUCUGGUUGGUGAUCUUCCAUGCAAAUUAUGUGUUUUGAAUAAUGCUCUGAUAUGUGGCGUUAGAAAAGAUGAAAGUUCAACUGGAACCAGUUGCGAUACUUGAAAUUUCCGCAUAUAUGUCUUUUUUAAAAGUUUAAAUGCAUAAUAACAUUACCAUUUUAAUAAGAAAUUGGAAGGAUUUGGCCACAUAGUGCUGAGAAAAGGUGGUAAAGAGAGCUCAAAAACCUGUGUAUUUGGCAGAAUUACAUCCAUGUCAUUUCAGCUGCUUAUUAUGUAAAAUGUCAUUUGUUUCAAACUAUGUUGACAAUGCUUAUGCAAAAAGUAACAUUAGGUAAAAACCACUGAAAUAUCUUCUGGUCCUUCUGAAAGAAGAGGUGGAAGAACUUGGUUGUACUAGCAAUGUCAGCAGUUAGCUUUUCAUAUGCAGGGAAGGAAUAUCAUGAAAACACUGGCAUGGUAUUUUUGUGAAGAAGGAAAACUAAAACUCAUCACUAUUUUUCCUGUAUGGAAAUAGAUUUGCUCAUAAACGCUGUAGGAAACUGCACAAGUACAAAGAUAAAUUUCUAUAAUGUUAUUUGGGAGGUUUCCCAAAGAAGAGAUAAGUUGAAUUGGUACUUUUUGCAAAAGCUGCUAUGGAAGAUCAAGUUUCAUUAAUACAUUUUCAGUUAAUUGAACAUAACUGCACAUGAUUCAAUUUGUUGUUUCUGAGUCAUUUAAAAGUUGUUUUUUCCAUCCAGCCAUCAGUAGUUCUUACAGUGUGUCACCUCUCUUUUUGUCCUGGAGAAGACAUUUCACCUCUAGUUUUCAUUGCCUUACCUAGAAAUAGUCACUUAAUUCUUGGUGUCCAUAUUAGAAUCACCCUUUCCCCUCCUCUCAAGGGCUUUAUCAUAUUUGCUUGAAUAAUCACUGCAGCUUGUUUAUAUAGUGCUUAUUUUUAAGGAAGUUAUGUAUGCUGUCUGUAUUUUUGACAUUUCAUAGAAAACUGCAGUCAUCAUGAUGAUCAGUGAACAUUCUGUCACUUGGAUGUUCCUCAAGUGCAACCAGUGUCUGUUUGCCUUGUGCAGGAGAGAAGCUUUGGUUCACCUGUGAUUCAGGUUUUCUAAAUGGAGUGGCUGAGUAAAUGCAAAAAAAAAAAAAAUUCCAAUUGUAGCACAUACUGAAUUGUAAAUAUUGUGUGAUGUAAUUUAAAGAGGAAAGUUUUUAUAACAAAACUUUGUCUAGUUUUCCUUGGGCAGAGAGAGAGAGAGAGAAGAACCUUGGGUGAUACGUGUUAAAUCUCAUUUCUGUCAUGCUACUUCUAGAAGGAAUCAGAAACUAAAUGUCAGGGUAAAAAAUCAUGAGUAAUGCUUGUAUUCUGCAAUACCUUAAAUAAAAGAUCUUAAACCUUUUCUGCAGGCAUUAAGCAUUGUUAUUUAUAUGCUGGCAUGCAGAAAAGUAAUUUUUUUAUACUGUCAGAUACAAAAAUAUUCCACUAAAGACUGUGACCAUAAGCUGUCACAGCAGAAUUUUGUUACAGACCACUUAGAUUUUUUUGUGGCGGGCAAAUUUAUACUUAAUUGUUCUCUUUUUAUUUUCAUUAGUGUUGGUUUUUGCAGCUUGUGAACUUUGUCUAGUUUUAUCCUGUAUAUUUUGAUGUGUGCUUCAUAUAACAAUGUCCUUAAUGAAAGAAAAAGGUAAGUAUGUUUUUUGAUUAUAUUGAGUGAUUUUUGCUUUGAAAAGAAUAUUUAUUCCAGUUUUAAUGUAAUUCAAAAGGACAGUUCUCAGUCCUUCAGUGAAGGAUGGCAUGUUAUCUCCUUUGAACAUUGUUCUUAUGUGGGAUUUUGACUCUAAUCUUCCCAAUUAAUUCUGUGCUAAAAGGGCAAGUAUAUUGACUGGUAUUUCAUAUUAGUUUACAAGUUUACAGACACUAUGCAGUGUUCCUUUGAGUUUUCGAUCACUAUUAUAACUCUAAGACAGCUAAUUAAAAUUUUGUACUCAGUCAUUCAUUGACCCAAAUUAACCUUGUAAAGUUGGUAUUUCCGUUUUGCACCAGAUUAAAGAAAACAAAAAAGUGGAAAAUGUUUAUCUGUGAAAUACCUUGAGGGAGAUGAAUGUAGUUGUGCCUUCAAGGCGCUGUAAAGCUAAUGAGUUUGUUGACAUAAAAAUGUGCUGGAUUUGUUGAGGGGCUCUUUCCUGUUGAAACCAUUAUAUCAGAGAGGCUGAGUUUUUUUCUGACAACCAGAAAGAUAACUGUGAUGUUAUAUCUGUAUCUGCAUUUAUAUUUGGACAAAUUUAUCUUCAAAUUAAGGAAAUUGACUCCUCAAAUUACAUGUGUGGGCUGUAAACAGGCCAUAAUAAGAUUAAGUCCAUGAUCAAAACAAGUAGCUUUUCAGCAAGCAAUUCUCCAUUUUUAAGCAGCAUUGCUAGGUUGCUUAUGCUGUGAAUCUAAUGUAAAUAAACUGCAUUUCAUACUUUAGUUCACUAAUGUCUCAGUGUUAGGCAUUUAAGUCAAAAGAGCUGUUUCUGCAAAAAUGUUUGUGAAUAAACUGGUUUCUUUAAGAAGGAAGUUGUCUCAUAUUAACAGUGUGGUAGCCUUGAAAAUGCUUCAUAUGUUUUGCUCAUAAAUAGUGUAGUUAAGAAUUAGUCCUUUUGAUUAAAGGAAAAUCACCUGCAGGUCUGUUCCUUACAGCCUCUUGUGAGUUUUUCAUAUGGAUCUGUCAUGAUAGUCUAGCAACAAAUUGAAGCCCUUGUUUUCCUCUGUUUUAAUGCUGUAAAAUUGGAACAUGAAUGCUUAAUAGUUUUUAAAUUGUAUGUGUUUAAAUUACCUGUGUGUUUACUGCCUGAAUGAGGAUGGAAUUUUGUGUACCAGGUUCUUGGGUUUUCAGAUGAGAUUUGUCUCUCCACCUAAUCUUGGAAAGGCCUCACUUCUUCUUGGGGCUAGCAAGUUGAAGGCACAUAGUAUUAUUUCCCAGGUUAUUUAGUGAAAUCCAGUGUAUUUGUUAGAUAUCAUUUAAGUGGGACAGACUAGAGGCAGUCAGAAUGAAUCCCAGUACUGUGAGUAAUUAAGAACAAUUCAGCCCUAAAGGAAAACUUCAGAAACACAGAACUUGCUCGAGAAGUGGUGGCAGUGUGGGAAGUCAGGUGAAGCCUUAGCUACAUUGGACUGUUCCUUCAUUCCUUUGUGUACACACACACAGAGUUAUGUGCAACUAUAAUGACAACGUAACUUGAUUUUUAUUUUCCCUGAUGUACCUGAACAGAGUGAUAAAACACAAAGAGGAUCUUGUUUUUAUCAUGUUAAAAAUGAGAGUUCAGCAGCACUCCUUAGGCUGUUUUGAGCAUAAAGUUGUCUAAACAGUUUGUUCUAAAAUUGCCAUUAUACUUGAAUUAGAGCAUUUUACUAAUCCAAGCACACUUCUUGACUAGGUGAGCUACUCAGCUAUAUUGGAAGCUUUUAACAUAUUGUUGCAUCUUAAUUGCUAUUCAUAUUUUGACAGUAAUAAAAAUAUCUGUUGUCCUGUCACAUAAUUUGUGAUUUAUAUUAAUGUAUUCUUUAUUUAAUGUGUUUACACAGUCCUUACAAAUGUGUUAGUUCUUUCCAUAAAAAAUGUAUUGUUUGAGAGAGCUUACAAUCUACUUUCACUGUUAUGAGAAUUUCUUGGUCACAUCUCUUUUAUAUGUAUGUUAACCUACAAAACUACAGGGAAUAAGGAGAGGGAGCUAUGAAAAAAAUGUUUAGAAGGUCAGUCUUUUGCUUAUCGUUAAUUAGAGUGCGUAAAAUAGAUCCACUCUGAACUGACUCCCUGCUGUAAUAGCUGUAUUCUCUUCUUUAUAGGCGAUGCUAAAGGUGAUAGGAAUUCUGAACAGAAUCUCCAGAGAAAAUACAAAGCAGUGAACAAAGAGUAACAUUGGAUUACCAAGAUGCCUCAUUGCAAUAAAAGAUCAAUAAGAAGCAGCAGAAAAUGGGAACUUUACUGUGAGUGGAAUAUAGAACAUGUAUAAGCAAAAUGCUUCUACUUUGGUUCUUGGUUCUUUUAUUUAAUAAGGGUUUGGUUAAUGAGAGUAGACAUCUCUAUUAAGAAACAUGAAAUUCUGUGCAGCAUCAGACAAAACUGUUACCAGUCACUUCACAGGCACAAAGAUUUGACCUGGCUGUAAACUGAUAUUCUUGAGUUUAAUGUACACCAAUUAGUUAAAGAGCAAUAAUUUACGAAGUUCACUUGGUCCAAACAUAGUUCCUGUCCCUCAAGUGUAAUAUAUAUUGCAAUGUAUCUGGCUGUGGGGAGGUGAAAAGCACUUUCUGCACCUCACCUGUAUAAUCCACUAGGUCUCUUAUGUUUCCUUAACCCUGCUGAACAUGCAGAGCAGGAAACAUUAAUGCUUGCUGAAAAUCCAGAAAAAAACCAACAAGUACUUGGGUAUGAAAGUAAAAAAAUUGACUUUCCCACUGUGCCAGCAGGCAAAAUGCUGUGAUUGUAGAGGUCGUGUCACAGAACCGUUGAUCAGGCUCUUUCACAUAGUGUCCAGUGGAGCUCUAGAGGAGGUUACUGAAGCUGAAAACAGCUUAAAAAAAAAAAAAAAAGCAGAUUCAUCUGUUUAGGUUUCACAAGAGUGCCCUUUAAAAUUCCAGUGGGUUCUGCAUCAGAUGCUUGUAUUUUUGUUAUUUCCAUUGUCAGCAAGUUCUGUGCAAAUUCUACAUGACUAGAAAAGUCAAAAGGUAAAAUUUGAUUAAAAAAAAAAGUUCACAGAAGAAUUCUUUUGUUCCACACACAGUUGUGUGACUAAACUGGAGUGCCUAGGACCAUGCAUGUGGAAGGGUUCUCCAUGCAGGCGCUGAGGUGGAGCAAAGGCACGAGCAGCCCUUGUGCUCCCUGGGAAGGGCUCUGCCUGCAGCUGCUGGGGAGGUGAGGCAGACAAGCCAUGGCUCUGUGUGCACAGGGAUGGCUGCAGUAGCUGUGGAAGCACAGCUUAGUGCUGUUUUCACCUUUCAUGGACUGUGUGUGGUGGGUAAAGGAAUUGCAGGGUUAACCAGUGACAGUUGUGAAAUGGAGACAUGCUUAACUAGACAUGAGAGAUCAGAACUGCAGUCCCUACAGGCA